GUUAGACAAGGCGCCUUCUCAGGGGUGUGUAGAGUGUCAAUGGAAUGUAUUGGACGGAUUAUUUGUUAUAAAGUCUUGCCCCUGCGCCGUGUGGGCCGCAUAUUGAUAAAGUGCCGGAAGUAUGCGAACACCCUCAUAGGCCUUUUGAAGUGAGAUCUGCUGAGGAGUUCCCGGACAACCACCGAAGUAAACUUUACGUUUGAAACUUGUAUGUCAAGUCUGCAGAGUACACUAGAGCAUGUGCCAUGCUGAUGAGAGACUGUUGUGCAUGCAUGCGCCUCCAGAAGUUGUGUGGUAGGGAUAAGAGUAGGAUGAUGACUGCCUUUGACUCAUUCUACUACUCGCACAGAUCUCUAGAGCUGCAAAUUGAAGCGCCUAUAAAUAGGCAUAGGUAUCAUAGUUUGAGGGCCACAAUAUUGUAUCUGAACAGCCCCAUGCUUCAGCUUGGGGGUAUGACAUGUAACAUUGAGGUCUCUU